AUUAUACUUAAUAUGACUUUUUACAAUUUUCAGAUACUGGGAGAGGAUUAAAAUCUUAUGAGGCUAUUAAUGCCGGUGAUGUUUUAAUAUCUGUACCUUAUAAUUCACUUAUUACUUAUGGAACAGUGAUGAGUUCUUACUUGCAUAUUAUUUUAUCUAAAUAUCAUCAAAGUUUAUCAACUAUGGAAAUGAUUUCUGUCUUCUUGAUGUGUGAGAAACUUAAAGGAUCGUCGUCAUAUUGGUAUCCUUACAUAAAAAGUUUGCCAAAAGAAUAUGUAUUACCUGCAGCUUUUCCAUUGGAAAUUUUGAACUGCAUUCCAAAAAUUGUUGCUGAAGUGGUCAAACAACAAAAUGUUUUGUUGAAAAAGACUUUUAAGAGAAUAAAAAAACUGUUGGAUGCUAUUGAAAAUCAUUUUAAGGAAUUUUUUGGCUUGCUGACUUAUGAAAUCUUUCAGUGGUCUUGGUUGUCUGUGAACACAAGAUGUAUUUAUAUGAAAUCUGUAAAGACAAAUAAUGAUUCGCUUAGAAGUCACAAUGAUUUGGCAUUAGCUCCAUUUUUAGAUUUGUUAAAUCAUUCACCAAAUGUCCAGGUAUGUAUAUAUUUUUGAUUCUAAGAGUCAAAU